AUAUUACAUUUUGAGCCUCUUCCUGGGCUUCUCUUGGGCUCUGCCCUUAUUAAAUGCUUCAUUUACCAAUGAAAAAAAAACGAAAAGAGCCCUGAAAAAGAAAAGUUAAGUGCUCAUUUUAGUGUCAGAAGACCUUUCAGUUCCCGCUCUCAUUCCAGCGACAGAGAAUGAAGACGAAGAAGUCUUCAAAGCAGCGAAGGACUCGUCGCUCUAAAAGCUCAAACCCAUGAGACGAGGAGAGUAAUUGAAGAAGGGGUGAGCCCCCUUGUUGAGAAGUACUGGUUUCAAAGAUAUGAUCUUUUCUCGAGGUAUGAUGAGGGGAUCAAGUUGGAUGAACAGGGCUGGUACUCUGUCACUCCUGAACAGAUUGCAAUUAGACAAGCCAAGAGGUGUGAAAACGCAACUGUCGUUAUUGAUUGCUUCGCCGGCGUCGGAGGCAAUGCCAUUCAAUUUGCUUCAAUUUCUGUAUCUUGAAUUCUGUUGGGAUUGCCUUAUAGAGUGGAGAUGAGGAGUUGAACCUUUGGUGUUAUCAUGUUGUUGCUAUUGAAAUUGAUCCCCUUAAAGUUAAUAUGGCCAUUAACAAUGCGAGAAUAUAUGGAGUGGAAGAUUACAUUGAUUUCAUUGUUGGAGACUUUUUCCAACUUGCACCAUCAUUGAAGGGGGACAUAGUGUUUCUUUCACCACCUUGGGGAGGCCCAUCUUACAGAAGAGUGAAGAAAUUUACACUGGACUUACUCGAGCCAAAAGAUGGAUAUGCCAUAUUUCAAGCUGCUCAAGCGAUAACGCCCAACAUCAUUAUGUUCUUACCUCGAAAUGUAGACUUACUCCAAGUUGAAGAACUGUGUUGGUUGUCUUCUCCUCCUCUAGAAUUUGAGAUUGAAGAAAAUUAUGUGCAGGGCAAUUUAAAGGGUGUAACAGUCUACUUUGGUGGUGCAGCAGCCAGUCAAUGUGGACCAUCAUAAUCUUUCUCAGUUAUCAGUAGUAUAUGUCUUGAUGUAAAUUACGUACCAGAAUUAUUUCUAGUAUAUGCUUGGGCGAGCAAGGGGGUGUCUUGUUUAAACCAACAUUUUCAGAUAGUUCUGACCACUUCCUUAACUUGUAAUUGCACUGUUAAUAUUAGUCUGCCCUGUUGAAGAAAGGAUAGUGAAUUAAGAACUUCUCAACCGGUAAAGUUAUGGUACGUUAACAUUAAUCAUACAUAUGUCUUAUUUUAUGUAAUAUUUA